UGUUUCAAUCAUAGGUCAGCAACCGGUUCAAAAGCCACAGGAUUAGCGCUAACUCCUCGCGCUGUAGGUUGCCAUUGAAAAGAAAUCCGCCAGUCGUUUACAUUUAUUGAGUUUCCGGUUGCUGAUCACGAAGAACUUGACUUCAACACAAAUAGAAUCCAUCCACUCUGAAGGCGAAUAUGAAUUCUGUAUUAACAGUUUUCGUAUUGCUAGUUUUUGUGGUUACAGAACAACGUGCAGGGUCAUUUUUCUUGGAAAAGUCUGGCAGUUGCCCAGUGUACAAGGUGAUGUCCAGAAGCGCUCUUUGCGAUCAAGAGCUAGCUGAGUGUGACAUUGAUUACGUUUGUGACGGAGAUCUCAAAUGCUGCGAAGACGAGCGCUGCGGAGUAUCAAAAUGUACAAAGCCAGUCAGAGAUGUCCAACCAACGUGGAGGACUGACCGUUGCCCCAUCGAAGAGAGUGCGAGUCGAAUGUCUGGUUGUCGGCUAUUUGAUACAAAAUUCUGUUUCAAGACAAAUUGUCAGAGAUGCUGCACUCACCUGAAUGACUGCAAUCCUGCAAAAGGAAUUCUGGUGCCUUAUGAUGAAUGCACACAACCAACCCCAUUAAACCUCACAAGAAGUGUGAUUACUGUAAAAAGUGGGCAGUCACUCGAACUAAAAUGCCAGGUACCAAAAGAAAACUCUUUGAGGCGCUGGUCAAAGUUGGUAAAUGGGCAAAAAUUUGUUUGGCCUACAUCACACACUGAAAUCAUCGAUAAAGACUUGGUGCUGAAGAUCCAGAAUGCUGUUGUCACUGACAAUGGCCUAUAUCUUUGUGAAAUAGUAUACCUUGGGAAAUCAUAUUCAAGAGAGGUCCAACUGACAGUGCUUGAACCAGAUAGCUAUAAAAACAUUUGUUUGAUGCCAAAAGUCUUGGGAAAUUGCACCUUUAACUUCUUGCACUUCUACUAUGAUGUGAAAGACGACAGUUGUAAGUCGUUCCAAUAUGGUGGCUGCAAUGGGAACAAUAAUAAUUUUGCAAAUAAAUCUGUAUGCGAGAGAAAAUGCAAAGGGUCACUGCAAUCAUGUCCAAAGUUUGGGCUGCCUUUAGCAAAGAAUUGCCCUGAACAACAAAGCCAUGAGUGUAUCAAAAAUGGAGACUGUAGCAACAGAAGAGCUUGUUGUUUAAUUGGUUGCAAACGAAGAUGCAUUGAUCCAAGCAAACCUUUUACACGGCAGUCUGAGACCACCAAGAGGCCUUAUGUUACAACAAGGGCUAUCGUCAAUUCUAACGGUAUACGGUCGUAUACGUCUUGUGGUGAACGUAUCUGUCGAUUCUACUCUGAAUGUAGAGAAAACAAAUCGGGUACCAAGGAGUGCCAUUGUCCUCGAAGCUGCAAUUUCAGAGAAUUGAAGAAAGUUUGCGGCAGAGAUGUAUUAACUGGUGAAAAAAGAGCCUACAGAUCGAUGUGUUUUUUGAAAGUUAGGUCAUGCAGAUUGCAGAGAGAAAUCAUCCCUAUUUCCAAAGUCGAUUGCUACAAAGAAGGCCUUGGUUUAAAAAUUGCAUCAGCGGCCGAUCGUUGCAAGCUCAAAGAUUGCUCGCCGCAUGCCAGAUGUGUCAUUAAUAGAUUCGAUAACCAGCCUCAGUGUUUAUGUCCACAAUUCUGUAGUCUGGUCCGGAAUUUAGUAUGCGGCAGUAAUGGACAAACAUACAGAAAUGACUGUUUCUUGCGUGUACUGUCUUGUAGAAGAAAUCUAUACGUUCAGAAAGUGAGACAAGGACCGUGUUAAACAGACACAUAUAUGUCAGUUUGCUAAUGCUCAUAGGUCGAGAAGCUGCAACGAGAAGCUGCAAAAUGUUGCUGCUUUGAAAGCUUUUGUAGCUAAAUCAUUGUAUAUAAAAAUAAUUCGUUAAUGUAUCAAGGGGUAUGCCACACCCAGGCAGGCCCGUAGACACUGAGGGGGGCAGGGGGCAAUGCCCCCCAAUAAUUUGCGAAAACCAAUAGUUUGAAUAUCUUAUAAGCUUCGUAAGGCAGGUAUAGAAAAAGCUAUAUUUCUAUCCAUGCCCCAAAAUCCAGUUUAGCUGUCUACGGGGCUGCACCCAGGCACCCCAUCUGUUUAAGCUAUCAUCGAAUGAAUAACAUAUUUCGAAGGGUUGUCUUUGUUGAAAUGCAUUGAUAACGGAAUACUAAAUGAAUCCUCAAAGAGGUGAGUUAAAGGGGAAUUUAUAAAGAUUUAGACUGUUAAAAAACAAUGACAAUUGAUCGUAAUUUUCAAUAGAAAAGUAGCUGUUGCAUUAAUACGAUUGCCACAUACAUGUAAUAGAAAGAAGGUAGCUCUCGGAUGUGGAAAUAGUUCUCUGAAGUAUUAAUGAGAGGAAAACAAAAUCAAGAUCGUCUUAGAGAUAAUUCGUGUGUAGAUGUAGAAAUAGAGGUUGUUAUCCGGAAAGCAGAAUUUCCAGUAUUUGUUGUUGUUAAAAGCUAAUCUUAUACCCAGUAAAAUAAUGGACCUUCCCCUUUGCAGGCCCUUCUACUACAUUAUUUUCGAGAUGACUGUGCAAAAGCAUAAAGGAUCCUUCCCAUUGGGCAAUUUAAAAAAUGCUGCCCGAUUUGUUUCCAAAAUUGACAAGUCAAAGAAAAUAGCAAGUGGUUUUUAAAAGGGGUUGACGUCUAGACAUUUACUCUUUACUUUUGACUACUCCCAAAGAAAGGGUUUGUGUUAGCCCCACCUAAAGAUCAAAACGCUGGACACAAGUUUAUCCAUCCCGACCUAAUCCCAAUGUUUCUAUAAUUUAGAAAUAGAACUGAUCUACCCCCCGACGAGUUAUUGCCAUGUUAUGUCCUAUAAAUGUAAACUUAUACUCACGCUCUUGUGCUGGGGGCAGUAGCAUGCUUAUUACACAGCAAGUUUCUAGUAAUUAUCGACAUAGCAAAGCGGUGUGCAAAAAUAUUUUCAAUGUAGGAAAGCUAUGAAAUACCACUCUGUGAACAUUUUAAAUUAACUAAAAAUAAAUUACAAAAUGUACUCUUUGUGACCAAUUAAUACUAUCAAUGUAGGUUGACAAAAACGAUAAAAAGUCCCUGUUUUAUAGUUUGAGUACCACGACAUUCCCUUCUUAAAGUUUUGAUAGUCAAAUGCAUGCUAAAAUGAAUUUCCGAUGUCAAAGAACGAUUUGGCUUCGCCCAUUUUUAAUAAGAUAUCCAUAUAAGAAAAUGGAGGUAAUUAGAUGUCACGGGACUAAUUAAAGCUCAUUUUAUCUACUUUAAACGUAUUUCUACCAAAAAAGAUAAACUCAACCUUCCUAAGUAAAAUUGUUUGGAAAUUAAGCCUUUUAGAAUGGCUAAAAGUGCAUCUCCCAGACUAAAAUU